AUGUCAAAGAAGCAAAAGCUAAACAGCAGAAGCAGUACAGAAGCAGAACUGAUUGCUGUUGACGAUGUUGUCACGAUGAUACUAUGGACGAAGUUGUUCAUGGAGUGGCAAGGGUAUCCGAUCAAGAAAAAUACUUUGUAUCAGGAUAACAAAAGCGCGAUUCUACUGGAAGAGAAUGGUCACAAGAUCGCAUGCAAAAGAAGCCGAGCUAUCAAUAUUCGUUAUUUCUUUAUCACAGAUCAAGUUGAGAAAGGCAAUGUUAAGGUCAAAUACUGUCCAACUGACGAUAUGAUUGCGGAUUUUAUGACUAAGCCAUUGCAAGAUGAGAAGUUUCGCAAGUUCAGGGAUCUGGUUCUUGGUCCACAGGACUAG